UGUAUAAAGAGAAGACAGUCUGACAGGGCAGAUCCUGUGAGACGGAGGCAGAUUACUUUCCUACCUGAGAACAAGUCCAUCGAACAAGCCUCUGUCGGAUUACACAACCUGGAUUUCUCUUUCAAUUUGUGAUUCAUCAUGAAGCUCAUCCUGUUCACUGUUACUGUGCUGCUCCUGGUGGUGGCAGAAGUUACUGCAGACAGAGUCCUGUCCAGGAGGACCAAGAGGGAGCUUGCGAGUCCCCUCCAUGUUGGUGGCGUCAGGGAUCCAUUUGGCUCCUACUGCGAGAGGAGAGGAGGCUGCUGCCCGGGCAGAGACGACCAGUGCACGGUGCCAUACCUGGACACCAUCUGCUACUGUGACCUGUUCUGCAACCGCACUGUCUCUGACUGCUGCCCGGAUUUCUGGGGUCACUGUUUAGGCGUGGCGCCACCUUUUGUUGGCAGCUGCGAAAGAAAUGGAAACAGGUUCUUUACAGGGCAAACAUACAAAGAAAACUGCAAUUUAUGUACCUGUGGGACUACAGGGCGAUGGGAGUGUGAGCAGAACGCCUGUCUGAUGGAUCCGGACAUGAUUCAUGCAGUCAACAGAGGAAACUAUGGGUGGAAGGCGGCUAACUACAGUCAGUUGUCUGGCAUGACUCUGGACGAAGGGAUCCGGUACCGCCUGGGGACGCAGAGACCCUCCAAGACUAUCAUGAACAUGAAUGAGAUGCAGAUGAACAUGGAUCCACAGAGUGACCAGCUGCCGUCCUACUUCAACUCGGCAGAGAAGUGGCCAGGGAAGAUCCACGAGCCGCUGGACCAGGGCAACUGUGCUGCUUCGUGGGCUUUCUCCACUGCAGCUGUGGCCUCGGACAGAAUCUCCAUCCAGUCAAUGGGUCACAUGACUCCUCAGCUGUCUCCCCAAAAUCUUAUUUCCUGUGACACACGCAACCAGGGAGGCUGUGCAGGGGGGCGCGUCGACGGAGCCUGGUGGUACCUCAGGCGCAGAGGAGUGGUGACAGAAGACUGUUACCCGUACGUACCUCCUCAGCAAACACCAGCGGAGGUGGGGCGAUGUAUGAUGCAAAGCCGCUUAGUCGGGCGGGGGAAGAGACAGGCCACGCAGCGUUGUCCCAACACAGUCAACUACCACAACGAAAUCUACCAGUCCACACCGCCCUACAGGCUCUCAACCAAUCAAAAGGAGAUUAUGAAGGAGAUCAUGGAUAAUGGCCCUGUGCAAGCGAUUAUGGAGGUCCAUGAGGACUUCUUUGUCUAUAAGAGUGGGAUCUACAAGCACACUGAUGUCAGCUUCACUAAACCUCCACAGUACCGCAAACAUGGGACACACUCAGUCAGGAUCACUGGGUGGGGAGAGGAUAAAAACUUUGAUGGGACAUCGAGAAAGUAUUGGAUUGCUGCCAACUCGUGGGGGAAGAACUGGGGAGAGAACGGCUACUUCCGCAUCGCUCGCGGCGAGAAUGAGUGCGAGAUUGAAGCAUUUGUAAUUGGAGUGUGGGGCAGGAUCGCGAUGGAGGACAUGCACAAACAUCAUCACCACCAUCGCCGCAGACACAUUUAGAAACACAACAGAUGUUGUUUUUAUCCCACGUAUUGUAGGGUGUUGCCCCAGAGGAGAAUCACAGCAAGAGUCUGAAAGCAUCAUCAUUUUCCCUUGUCCACUGAAAUGGCUCGGACAGCCACAAAACCAACAACAGAGCCCCCGAUUGUUCUCCUUUUUCACCUUGCUUAAAUCUGGGGAUUACUCCCCCUCUCCUCCAUUUUAACCAUUUUAAGAGAGCGCCCUCUCCAAAUUUCUCCAGGAACUUAAGGUUUAUGUCACCAAAAAACAAAGGAAAAACCAAGCAAAAGUGCUUUUGUUUCCUUGCAGUGAAAACACCUCAGGUACCAACUGUUCCAAAGAACCACACAUCCCACAAUCCUCAGUAAUAUCAGGUGAAGGCCCAAGAUGAGGCUCAGUCUGAUCUUUUUAGGCUUUCAAGUGUCAAUGUGAACCUUUUACUUUUCUGUAGCUUUCUGUAGGACAGAGAACAGGAAAUCUGAGAGUCAGAUUAGCAGACAUCAGACCCCCUCAGUGUGUCACACACCCAGCUCAACCUCGUAACGCAAUAACAUCUCAUAGAUGCUCUUGGUGACGUCCACCUGUCAGCCAUACAUGGUCACCGCUUGGUUUAGAGUUAGUAGCUGCAGGGAAAACAGUUGCGCACACAUCCUAGUAAAAACGAGACCAAUCCAUCACUGGAAACGUGAGCUGAUGCGCGAGUGUCACAUCACCAACAUUUCUGGACAACUGACACGUCAACUGACAGUGACUGACAAUUAGAAGUCGUCAAAUGCCAAGAAUUGUGACAUAAUAAUGUAACAGGUUAAACCGUGACCUUCUUUUGAAAGAAUACAAGUGUCAGUGGAUAUGUUUCUUCUAUCUAAGACACCAGGUGAAUUCAUUUAUUUUCUGCCAAGAUAAUAAACGGUAGAUAAAAAUAAGAGAGACGUGAAUUCUGCCAUUCCUGACCCUGACCAUCUUAUUUAAGAGAUUAAAGAAGAAAAACCAGUUUCCAGCAUUUCAGAGGGUAAGAAGAAACAAGAGACAGGAAAUAGAGUUGUUUAGACCACUAAGAAAAAAAAAGACAUUCUUGUAUAGUUGUCUUAAAUUGCUUUCAUUUGUUUUGUAUACACUGUUACAAUUUUGAGCUAAAGAUGUUUUUGCAGUUAUAUUUUAAAGUUUUAUUUUAAUACAAAUGUACUGUAUUUAGUGACUGUCAUAACACAUGCAUCACGUGGCUGAUUUUCUGCUCGUACACAGCUGUAAAUCUUUUUUUGGGAGGGGGAGGUCCAUACAUUCAUACAUAAGUCUUAAGUUUGAUGCAUUUCAUAUGAAGCCACUUCUCACUAAUGCUGAAAAAAAACACCAACUCACACAGAUUACAUAUAAGCUGUUCUGCAUGUUUCUUUAUAUUCCGCUGGGAAUUGAUCAUGUUCCAACUUCUCAGCCCUGGGCUUGUUGUUGCUACAGUGUCAUAGCUCUUUGUGAUGUCAGGGUUGAGGGAUUUUCUGAUCCUUUUCAAACACAGCCUCACUUAAAAAGAAAGAAACAUAGAGUAUUAUUACACCUCACCUUAAAUUACAUCGGUGUGUCAUUCAAGUGCAACUUGAAAAGGAUUCUAUAUUUAUUCUUUAUUACUAUCAGGUCUUGUGAUCUCUUUUUAAGGCAUGGAUCAGUAGAUGGAUUUAAAAGCAAAGCGAAAAUGUCUGGAUGGACGCACAAUGUGCAGCGUGCUGGAGGGAGAUCAGACGUUGUUUCAUUACAUGUUCUCACUGAAUGUAUGGUUUAAGUUUUCAUUUUGAAAUAAGCAGUGGUAGUAAAGAAACAUGUAGGGCACCUCCGACCUAGGAUUCACACCAGCGUUGACAAUACCCAGAGAACAAUGUGAGAUUAUUUAUGUUUUUAUUUGCUAGCUGCAUUUAGCAUCAUUAACAUUAAUUUAUACAGGAGUGGCAUCAACGUGAGAUAUAUUUAGCUCUCUUAGUGGACCGUGUUCCCUACAUGCACCUUAGGACCAAGAUGAUCCUUCAGCCAUUUUAAGUCUGUCAGCUGAGAUCAUUCUAGCAGUGAGAUGGUUUUGAGAAAGAGAAGCAUCGUGUGAAAACAGACAAAUGAGUUUGUUCAUGCAGAGGACGAUACAGUGGACUCUGACCAAAGCUGGAAACAUUUCAUUUUGAUUGUGCAGAGAUAUGUUGUUUUUUUGUGUGUUUUCAAAAUGUAUUUUGCUUAGAUUACGGAUUAGCUUUUCAACAUAAGGUUUAAAUAGGACUAGUAACACAGUUGUUGCUCAAUACUUUUUUUGCAAACUCCUAUCCAUAGAAAAUGAGCCAAACACUUCUCUCCAACUACACCUCUAAACACAGCUGCAUCACACAUCCACUCAUAAGUUGUGUAUUUUAUGUAAAAUGUAUGUAAACCACUUAGUCGACAUGUAGACUUUAUUUAUGAUCCGAUCAGAUGUGUAAAUGACAUACCUUUUUAUUCUUUGUUUUUUUUUUUUUUUCUCCCUGUUUACCCGUGCAAUUGUUUUCCUGUCUUGUGUAUUGUGUGCACUAAAUGCAUUACCACGUUAGUGUUCACCUGUGCGGCACAAUAAAGUCUUUCCAAAAUGGC